AUGCUACAUGGCAGCCAUCCAAGAACCAUUUGCACUCCUGUUGUGGCGAUACUCGCUGUGGGCCUCUAUGCCAAGCCCGACGAGCUGGAGGGUGUCCACACACACACCUUCAAGCUGAAGCCAUUCAAGAAGGCCAAGAGCUGUGAUAUAUGCAAGCAAGCCAUCACCAAGGAAGGCCUCAUCUGCAAAGCGUGCCGGUUGUCCUGCCAUAAAAAAUGUGAAGUGAAGAAAGAAAGUGCAUGGAGCAAGACCAAAAACACAGUCACCACAUCAUGUCAAACAACUACCAACUAUGAGCUGCCUCCCACUCCUCAGCUGCCAUUAAAGCAUGUAGAUACACCGGGAUCUACAAGGUCCUGCAAGAGUGUGGAGAUAAGGCAAAAGCAGUCGCGGAGCCAGAGUGUGGUUCAGGCCAUGGAGGAGAGCUAUGAGGUGGACUUGGUCUACAUCACGGAGAGGAUCAUCUCUGUCUGUUUCCCCGCCGGCGCCGAGGAACGCAGCUAUGUCACCAACCUCAAGGAGGUGGCGACAAUGCUGCGGUCCAAACAUGGCGAGCACUAUCUGAUACUCAACCUGAGCGAGUGGAGGAGUGACUUAUCAAAGUUAAACCACAAGGUUCUGGAGUUUGGCUGGCCAGACCACCAUGCACCGGCGCUGGACAAGAUCUGCAGCAUGUGCAAGGCCAUCGACACGUGGCUCAAUGGAGACUCACGCAACGUAGUGGUACUACACAACAAGGGGAACCGAGGUCGAACAGGGGUGGUGGUGGCUGCUUACAUGCACUACAGCAACAUAUCCGCAAGUGCUGACCAGGCGUUGGACAGGUUUGCCAUGAGGCGCUUCUACGAGGACAAAGCACUUCCUGUGGGUCAGCCGUCACAGAGAAGGUACGUGCGAUACUUCAAUGGCCUUCUCUCCGGACACAUAAAAAUCAACAACAAGCCUCUGUUCCUGCAUCAUGUCAUCAUGCACGGCAUACCCAACUUUGAGGCCAAAGGAGGCUGCCGUCCUUUCCUGAAGAUCUACCAGGCAAUGCAACCAGUCUAUACGUCAGGAAUAUACAAUGUGCAAGGAGACAGCAACACCAGUAUCUGCAUCACUAUUGAACCCGGCCUUCUUCUUAAGGGAGACAUCUUGUUGAAGUGUUACCACAAGAGUUACAGAAACACAACCAGAGAUGUGGUGUUCAGAGUGCAGUUCCACACCUGUGCCAUCCACGACCUCGGGGUGGUUUUUGGGAAGAGCGAGCUGGAUGAGACCUUCAAAGGUAACGGCUCUCUGGAUGAGAGGUUCCCAGAGUAUGGAAAAGUGGAGUUUGUUUUCUCAUAUGGACCAGAAAAAAUCAAAGGCCUAAGCCACCUGGAGAACGGGCCGAGCGUUUGUGUGGACUACAACACCCAGGACCAUCUGAUCCGCUGGGACUCCUAUGAGAGCUUCAGCCAGCGCUGUGAGGCCCCUGUGGACGGAGAGCCUGCUGUCGACCCUGGAGGUCAAACCAGUCAGAAGACCACCAUUUGGGCCACUGAGCCGCCAUAG